AUCGCUGACUGCCUCUAGUCGAUAUAGUCAGUUGACAUUCAAACGAGAAGUGGAGCAGAUGUAGAUAUUAUAACUGCAAAUGUUAAUUUUGUGAUAAAUAGAUUACAAGUGUUUCUACUUUCUUCAUUUAUUCUUUAUUCGUUAUUUAAAUACUUAUAAAUAUGUCACGAAAACCUAAUGGAAAGCACCGUAGACAUACUAUGAGAGAGAAAUUCUCAAGUACACCACUUCACAAUGUACCUUUAAAACAAUUUAACAUAUCAUUAUCUAGGAUUGAUACAGGUUCUUCAUCAAACGAAGAUAUACGUAAUUGGAAAUUACAGCAACAGUCACAGAUUUCAGAGAAGCAAAAGAAAAGCUCAAAAACAAAUAAGAAAACGAUAAAAAGGAAUAAGCGAGUUAUAUCUCAAUCGAAAGUCACUGAAUGGGUAACCGAAUCGGAAGAAUCCAUCAAUGAAUUUUUAAGUUCACAAGAAUCCAAAUCCGAUGGUGCUUCGAUGUGCAUUAAUUUAUUUGAAAGCUCGCGUACUCCGGAAAAAACUCGAGAUGCACCGAUCAGGUUCGAAGAAAUUCUACAGAAAUCACCGAUUAUACAGUCCUCUAAAAGAUCGCGUUCAGUUUCAAAAGAGAUUAUCAUACGACAAGACCAGUUGCUGCCGGUGCAUGUACCAUCAGCAGACCAACGAAAUUGUUUAGAUACGGACGAGGAUGAGCUGGUAUUCCAUCAUGAAACCAAUUUGAAAACUUACUCUUCCGCACAUAAACGAAAGAGAAGCUUAGGAACCUUGGAACUAAAAUUUGGAGAUUAUAUGUAUCCUGUGCAAGGCUCAACAUUGAUAAGCGAUCAGCUUUGGAAUCAAUUUAUUGAAAAACAUUAUGGGAAGUCAUCACAUUAUUGGGCACCACUUUCCUCGCCAAAACCUGUCUUCAAAAAGAUAGAAAUUCCUCCGACUCCGAUUCCUCGGAGCAAAGAUUCGCGAAAAUGCUGUUCGUCCCGACGCAAGUCUGAACAUAAAAUCCAAUUAAAAAAAGGCGGACAAAUUCGUAAGAGAAGCAAAGUGAAACGGAAGAAGGAAAUGUUAAUAUUGCCAUCGGCACGAAGACAAAAAGGUGAUACUGAUGUGUAUGAUCAAUCCGAUGAGACAGAUAUUGAGUUUGAAACUAGCGGCAAAGGUAAUAAACAUAUGUCUCUUUCGGAAUUUUGUCACAAGCAAAAUGGGAAUAAAGUUCCCAAUAUAAUAUCUUUAACAUCUUCAGAGUCGGAUGCCGAAUAAAUCAGAGUUUAUGUAAUUAUUACUCUAUUUAUACAUUUUGUAUACACUUUUCAUGUAUCAAUUUACAUGUAUCAAUUUACAUUUGUUGUUGGAAUCAGUUUAUUGAAAAACAUUACGAAAAGAUAUCUCAUUAUUUAGAACCACUCUCUACGCGAGAACAUGUGUUCCAAAAGUUUGAAACCGAUUUAAUUCCUCCGAACAUUCAAUUCAUAAAAGACACGGAAUUCACAAGA